AUGGAUUCUCUUUUUAUCGCGGAGGGAAGGGAGAGGAAGGGGGUGGGGGGGGAAGUGGUUCGUGUUGAGAUGUGCCGGACCAUUUCACAGCGGAAACAGCAGCAUUGCGUCGCGUUGCGCCGUAGCAUUUGCGUCGGCGACUCGGGUCCGAGCGUUACAAUAUCCAAGCGUUGCGCCGUAUAUCGCAGCAGAUCCUCACGCACGAAAUCGCACGCAGCAACGGCACUCGGCAUAUUUUGCACGAAGCUUCCGAACCGCCCGCUCGGUAGGAUCAUUAUGAAGCUUCCUCGACCCGCUCUCCUCCUACUGCUCCUCCUCGUCUCCGUCGCACUACUACCGCUCUUCGCCUCCUCGCGCACUCUUCCGCCUAAGCAGCAGCCCACAGGUGGGGAGAUUCCGCCAGCUAAGGGGGGAAACACCACCACCCCCCCCCGCCAUCGGCGCCAUGGGGCGAACGGGACGGCAGCGGCGGGGAACCGAACGAAGGGCGGGCAUCCGAACAAGGGUCACCAUCGCGGGAACGGCACUGCGGCGGGGGGACCUUCGCCAAAGCCGCCAACGAACGGAAACGUGAAGAAUGGAAAUGCGCCGAGUGGUCAGAAGAACGGUGGCGCGCAGCCGAACAAGAAUGGCGGCGGAGGCGGUGGCGCGCAGACGAACAAGAACGGUGGCGCGCAGACGAACAAGAACGGUGGCGCGCAGACGAACAAGAACGGUGGCGCGCAGACGAACAAGAACGGUGGCGCGCAGACGAACAAGAACGGUGGCGCGCAGACGAACAAGAACGGUGGCGCCCAGACGAGUAAGAACGGUGGCGGCGGCGGCGGCGGCGCCAAUAAGCCGCGUCGACCGAAGCAAAUUGCUGAGGAGGACUGUAGCAGCUUCUUUCCGACCCUUCCCAUUAUCCCCUCUUCUCCUCUUCUGUCCCCUCCUCCCAUGCACUUCCCCCUCACCCCUCCUCCUGCCACCUCUCCCUCUCUCCCGCCAUCUCUCCCUCUCUCGCAUCGCCCCCCUCCUCCCCUCAUUUCUUCCCUUCCAACGCAUUCCCACUUUUUCCCCUUUCCAUGA